CAGAAUUCUGCAAGGUUGAAGCUACAGUUCUUUACAGAAUAGAGCCUCGAAGCUGCAGUUCUUUACAGAAAAGUGCCUCCUACACUUCAAGAACUUCUAAACACAAAGGAAGGUUUUUUAUUUUCAUAAUUAAUGAGUACCCUCUUUUAAUAAGAAAUUGCUCUGGACUAUCUAAAGUUGUGGUGUUUUUUUAUGGCAGUUGAUUGGGAGUUGUGAAUAAGAAAGACUAUUGUAGCUUCUAAGAGAGAAAGGCUUAUAAAAUUUGGGAGGAAAGAAGAAAUGAAAUCUCUUUGCAGGGGGGAAGAAAUUUUACACUACUGUUGAUACUUUGACUCAACGAGAGCCUUAUUCAAUGCUUGCUACAAUGUUCAGUGGUUGGCAUACUGUGUGUCAGGAUCCUGAAAUGGGACUUAUGGAGGAAAUCAAUGCUGUCUUAAGUAGAAAGUUAGAUUUCGAGGUGUUAAACUUUCUGGCCUUGAUCUUUCAAAACUGGAUUUGUCUUAUGUGGACUUCAUCCAUGCUUGUCUUAGAGAUGUAUUCUUCUCACGUGCAAACCUACAGUGUGCCAAGUUCCGGGUCAGUGUUCUACAAGUGUCCAGCCUUCCAUGUACACAUUCCUAGACCACCAAGUGGAGUUCAUUAUCCAAAUAAGUCUAUCAUCAAGAAGCAUGUUAAACCCACACCAUUUUUUUGGCAUGAGAAGUCUGCUGUUGUUGGACGGUUGCAUUCUUUAAGCUAAACAAAUGGACUCACAACAAAGACAAGUGCACAAAGGAUGAUGAAUUGAAGGAUGGAGCAAGUUUCACGCAUGGUUUACUUUUGUGUAUCUUGUAAUGUUUCUAUUUUUCAUUUUUGAAGUAAAAAUUGUUCAAGAUUAUAAAACUUUAUUAUGUUAUGCUUUCAAACUUAAGUUAGAACUAAGAUCUCAUGAA